CGCUUAAAAAUUCAAGUUUCUGUUUCUAGCCUUCAUCGCAGAAAAAUAUUGACCUUCACAUGCAUGUCGAAAAAAAAACAUUCUACAGUACAAUAACGACUGCAACAUUUGCAACCUUGAUAUUUUAUAAAUUUCCAUUGUUUCUGUCAAUUGAAUUGAACACAUAAAACUAUGAUAAUCGAUAAUAUUUCGCAAUGCCUAAAGGAAAAGAGGAAAUAAUGGAUUGGCUCUAUCAAUUCGUGAAGAGCUUUGGAGCGCCUGGUGAGUCAAAUUUUAUAUUCAAAAACUUUCAGCCUCGUCAAAAGUUAGUUCGACAAUUCUCUCUAUUGGAUGUUUGAUGACCGGGGUCAUCGAUAUACACUGUCUCCAUGAUAGAGCAGAUUUGUUUCAGCAAAAUGUCAUGAUGGCUUAGUGGUCUGGAGUCGCAUUUGAGGGAGCGGGGCUUUUUUGGGGAGUUGCUUUGAGCAAAUCGCAUGGAUCUUCUAACCAUCACGUGUGAUCGACCAAUAAAAUCAUCUGCACCCUUCCACCACAGGGAAAAGAAACUUGGGCCGAGAGAGCUUUGCUGAUUAUGUUAAUUCAGGGAUUGCUAUACAAGAUCUUUCCGAGAAAUUUGACCAAAAUUUCAGGGAAGAAGUUGCUGCUAAUGAUCAGGUCAAAGAUGAGGUCUGGCAAACUUUUUUGAGGCGAGAUGAUGUGAGGAUAGAGGGCUCUGAGGAAGAGGUUGGCGUGAUGAAGAGUUUGGAGUGGGGUGAUACUCUAGCUUUGGGGUAUGGAGUUAGGAAGGUUGUGAUUCAAGCAGAAUCUGUUGAUGUUGAAAUGGUUGAGGCCGUCAUGGAGAGACCUAGCGAGCAGGAGUCCAAAAAGGUGCCAGUGGAUGAAAGCGAUGAGACUGCGCAAUCUGACACCACGAUUCAUUCAUCCAGGCCAAUUAUUACAGACGUAGCGACUCCAGUCCAACGAUCACCGGAGCCAAAAGGGCAAUUUAUCCCAGUCGGAAAUGGUUCAUUUACAAAAGCAGUUCCAUCUUCUGAGCAAAGGUCUGGCAAUAAGAAGUCGUAUAAGAUUGCCGAUGACCCACGGGGUACCCAAGGUUCACAAAGGAGAUUACAAAGUCUUUUGAAUGCAGCACGCGCUGAAGCUGAUUGGUUUCACACUCCUAAUCUUGCAAAUCAACCGCAAACAAACAACGCAGCUAAGGACGUCGAGAAUACUGGGCAUUUCCCUAUCGAGAGUACCCAUAUACCUGAGACUGAUCCUCCACCACAAAGCCAAACACGUACUGUUAUAAAAAAUUCUCAAGUUCAACAUCCAAACUCGUCUGGCUCGACUCCAGACGCAACUGUUACUCCCAAUGGUCAACAACGCAAUGGGAUGGACAUUGAAAUUUCAGAACAUCCAGCAAAAGUGCAGAUGUCAACAACUGGUCAAUCCACACCCACAGUUGGACACCAAUAUAAUUCCGCACUGCCCAAAAAAACUCCCAGUAAAGUUGCCCAGCAGACUAUCUCAACCGAGAAUGACGAAGAUGGUAUUGACUAUUUCACGCCUGAACCCACUCGUCAUGGACCUGUGCCAGGACAAAGAAAACGUGGUCGUCCAAAAGGCGCCGGUCGUCAACCCACUCCUAGGAAUCUAUCAGUGGAGGCAAGUUCCCCGAAAGAUCCAGCAUCUAUGAGCUUCUCAUCCCUUGCAGAACUGGAACAAUUCCAAACUCCAAAACCCUCGCAGAAAAAGCGUGGCCGUCCCAGAGGACCAACCAUCAAGCACAAAGGACCUGUCGAUGAACCAGCUGCGGAGAUAAGUCCCGAAGAUUUGGCCGACACAGGGCUUCACAUAACGGAGUCGGGACUUCGUACAUCUCGAAGGCAACCGAAACCGCGACAAUUCUUUACUCCCACCCGAACAGAAUCACCUGAACCUGAGCCUGCGACUGUCAAAUUUGGCAAAUCUGCGGAUUCUCCUACAUCAUCGAAAUCUAAACCUCUUCGAAGGCAUCGCGAACCAAUCUACACAUCCUACGAAGAACUAUUAAGGGAAGAAGACGAUCAGAAACGCAAAGCUGGAGUUGAUGGCGUCUACAUCAAUCCCCUCGAUGCAAAAGAAGGAAGACCACUUGCUCGAAAGAAGACAUUAGUCGUCGUGGUAAAAUGCCAAAAGCUUCGUGACCCGGAUCUAUUAGAGAAUCGGAAGGGGACAUGGAUUGAAGUACUUGCCGAGAGGAGAAAGGCUUUGCAAGCUAUCGUCGAGGCGGAAGCAGCGAAGAUUACUGCCGCCGCUACUGAAGAGGAGAAGUCGAAGAAAAGGAAAAGGGAUGGGAAAUCCGAAGUAGAGCGUUCAAAGCGCCCAAAGCCUUCAGAUACCGAGCCUGAAAAGUCAUUUACGGUAUCUAGUGCUGGAACUAAAAAAUCAUUAGAUGCUUCUGUUGCUGAACCUGCAGAGGCGGAACCUCCAAUUGUUGAACCUGGAAAGGCAUCAGAGGUUCCCAGUAUUGAAAAUGUAGGAGUACCAGAAGCCCCCAUUUUCGUACCUGCAAAGUCAUUGGAGUCGGCCGGUCCCAGUCCGAACUCUUUCCCCUCGAAUGAGGAAAUAGCGUCGGAGUUUGAGAAGUUUAAGGCUCUUUCGGUUGCAAAGCCAUUAGAAGUUUCCAAUUCUAACACCGAAUCCUUCCCGUCAAACGAGGAGUUGGCACUAGAGUUUGAGAAAUUUAACAGUGGGUUUGCCCGACAGCCUAGUCAAGGCUUUGCACCUGAACCAUCCGGGCCACCUAGAUCAACAAUCGACCCUUUUGUGGCAAACUCAAUGCAAUAUGGGCAGCAGACUACGGCAUGGACACAUCCGAAAGCUUCUGCAAGUACUCCGAAACCGCAAAGUGCAGGACCAAGCUCUUCUUUUCCUACAAUGUACAUGGAUUCUUCGCGUCCACGAUCACCUCAAUCUGGUAUGCCGCAUACGAUUCCGCCAUUUGAGUCACCAUCACACAUCAGACAUCAAAAUGACUCGCUUCACAAAGGAACCCAUACAGCUGCCAUGCAUCAUCCACAACAACCACCACGGGGUGAACCUUUGGAACCACAUCAGGCAUCCUCGACCGUCCGAAAUUCUUUACCUCCAGCAUCGAAUAUCAGUUCUUAUAAUUCACCCUACAGUAGACAGUCUGGGCAGGAUCACAUUGCUGAUCACUAUAACCAACCCCCAUACCAUGGGAACGCUCCGGUAUCCUCUCGAGCAGACAGGUACAUUUCCCCAUAUGAAGAAGAACAGCAACCUACGCCUUCAUUCCUAGCUCUAAACCCUUGGUUAGCCAGGAUUCCUGCUCAUCUUCACAGUCCGCUUCAUCGAAGCCCGGUUCAACAAAGCCCAGCACAAAAUUCCUGGCCUACUGGCUUCUUGCCGCCCGAACCUCCUAAACCAUCACAGAUGCGUCCAAAGACUGAAUGGCCAUCUGGCUUCCUACCUCCAAAUACUCUUCCGUUAGAUGCCACCCCAUCUAGUCCGAUGACAAUUGGGCCGAUGCAGCAAUCAAGUCCUGCUGCGUCACAUGCUUCUGAACCACCUUCAAAUACUCAUAUAUCACAAGAAUCGGCUUGCAGCCGCCCGCAUUCACAUGGCAGUCGUCGUUGCUCAACGAGCCAUCCGCCUGUACCACAGCCUCAAUCUGGUCAAUCUAUUCCAUAUACCUCUUCUCCAUAUUCCAAGCCUGCGCUUUCUACAACGAGCCAAGAGUUGCAGGGCCUUGUAGAAAGACAAAAUGAUUACGCCCAAAUGCAAAUACCAUCGCCUCUCAACCAGGAGUUCAAAUCCAUAGAUUCUGCGCUACCAAAACCACAUACAGAGCCUACAAAUAGUCAUGCGCCCCCAUCCAGAUCCGAAACCCAGGAACAGGACCGGACACCAGCCCAAAGCGCAGCGCAUGAACCUGCUGCCGAUAGCCAUGCACCACGGACGGGACUCGAAAGCGAAAGAGAUGCCCAGACACAAUCCCAGAACUCACUGUCAGGCCUUCCCUCCUCUGCUGAGGGUUCUGUUUCAACAGAAGCUGUGGAGCGAAGCCAGCCUGAUCUUGUAUCUCAUCAACCACAGCCCAGCAAGGCUACAGGAUCUCAAUCCAGCUCUAACCAACCUGCGGCGUCAAUUCCAGCUCAAUUACACAGAUCACCAUCUAUACAAUCCCCUUCAGAAUCAACUUUAGAACCAAGGAAACGAAAGAGCUCAGCUCCUAACAUAGCACAAUUACCAAGCCCACAGAUUUCAGCGGCGAUGACACCCACCUUCUUAGAAUCUUCAACUGUCAUUACUGGAGCGACUGAACAAAUGUCACCGCCAGCCAAACCCGAUGAUGUUGAAGGUUUUAAAAGGGCUGAAGCCAUUCCGUUUGAAUCAGUCUUUGCUCGGAUGUCCUCAAUUUAUAAUUCGGUGAUGGGUAACCUCAUUUUGUCCUCUGAUAAAACAACAUUGAAGUUCUGGUCAAUGGUUAAAGGAACAACUAAUCCUAUUUGGACAAUGGAAGUUUGGAGAAUGGCCGAAAACCCAAUAGUCUCUAUGCCAGGUUCAAAUCCAAUGGAGUUACGUUUGAAGGAGAAGAAAGAUGAUGAAUCAAUCGUUGUUCAUCGAUUUUUGAUUUCUCGCACUAAGGAAGCUCAUAAGUCUGCAAACGAAAUGAGAGCAAAUUUGGUUACUGCUCGAAUCUUCGUGCAAAUGGCCAAUCCCCAAAUACUCCAAGCUGAAGAUCCAGAAUUAAUUGCUACUAAGCCUUGGAAAUGUGAAAAGUGUGGUGCCAGGUUCAAGAAUAAAGAAGGCAUUAAAUACCAUCUUUCCAAAUCACAGACGGCCUGCAACCCAGAUUUUAAUCUAAAGACCGCCAAGCCAAAACCACAUGGUAAACCAAAGGAGACACAGAAGAAGAGCAAAGUGACCAAAACGAAGAGCAAAUCUGUGGCUUCUCCAGAGAAGGAAGUUCAGCCUGAACCGACGGAUGAAUCUGAACCCGAGUCUGAGUCCGAAGGAGGCGACUCUGAUGAUUCUAUCUUUGAAUGGGCUGCAAAAGUUGCUACGUUGAAGAAAUCCCCGAAAAAGCAAAGGGGAGACAGAGGGGAUCCAGUCAUAGGCAGAAGUGGAAAAGUCUACAAAUCGUUGGGAGGUGAAAGACCAGCACUAUUGGAAAUCGCUAAGACACUGAAGCAAACACCAUCACUUACGGAAGAGCUCGCGAAGAUUCCACCGUUGCCCCAAGUCUCAGAUCAAUCACUUCCAGAAGUAGUCUCGCCAAUGUCAAAAGAAAAGGUUGUCAAGGAUAUUAUCCUUUGUCUCCUUCGGGCUAAUGAUAAUACGUUACCUGGUGAACGUGGUCUCUGGUUCGCUUUUGUUGCAUGUUGGCUUAAAUAUUAUCCUACCUCCAGAGUACUCCCCGAACACAAACUAUUUGCAAGAGCUCUCGAUGAAUUACUUGAGGAUAAAGUACUUUCAAAAAUUACAUUUGAUUUUCCUGGUGCUAGGAGCAGAACUAUAAGCAGGAGCAUUUUAUUCGAUCCGAGAGUAGCUGUCCCGUCGUCAGCUGAUAUUACCAAAUUAAAAGAUGACACAAAAGCCAAGCAUCCUGAUUUCUAUGUUCCACCUGGAUAUUCCCCUCCGAGUGUCAUUUUGGGCAUCUUGAAUGCUAUUGGAAAGCCUCCGCCCCUGGCUCCGGAGAUUUCAGCCGCACAACUUAAUGAGAUACUAGGGCCUGAUGAAGAUGCAGGCAAGGGUGAUUCCUCAGAUGAUGAUUUUAAACCCGAUAAUCACGCAUUAGACGCAGGAGAUGACCUUGAAGAUGACCCGAUGGACCAGGAUUUGGAUUCUGACGAUGCUGGGAGCGAGUUUUCACCGUUUCCGGAAUAUACCCCAACGCAAGACUUCCAGUUUACUUCAUUGCAUCAAUCGAUACCUUCAAAUAUUAAUGGCAGUCAAAUGAAACGUCGUGUAAGACGCCCAGGUCAUCCUCUAACCCUUGAAGAGCGAGAAAGAAGGCAACAUUCAAAUACUCUGCAGGAACAGACAUGGGCUCCGCUACCAACUGUAUACCAAAACUCAGAAAGUGGCGCAUGGGAUGUUUUUUCGAAGCCAAAACGAAGCUACAAGUUGAGAGAACGUCUUCCGGAACCAAAUACGUUUAUGCAAGAUCCUUCUGGUUCUUGGUCGGUUAGACCUUUCGGACAUGGUGUGAAUCCUAUUUUUGCUAGACCAAAUAAGAUGGUAGUUGGAAACCCUCAAGGUGAACAUUAUCUUCACCAGCGAGAAGAUAGUCAUCGACCAGUCAUUCAUCCUAACAAACCAGUCAUGCGUCCGUCCGUUCCAUCGAAGUUUUUCCUCAAUAAAAAUCGUCAGGGAGACUUGGUUGCUCGAACUGAUGGUCAGAUCGAGAUCUCAGACUCUACUGGACUACCAAAAAGGCAUUACACAUAUCGUACCAGAUCACAAAAGAAUCCAGAGAUUUCAAGGUCUACUGGACGUGCAAAGCGAGGUUACAGAUCAUUAACACCAGAUCCUAUGGAUUUGAUGGAAGCUAGUAUCGAUGGCUUGACUGAGCUUGAUAUAUUGAAUCACUAUGAGGCGAAGCCGCUUGAAGAAGAAACUGGUCGCCAAACUAAUCCUGGUUUGGCUAGCAUACCAGCUACUCCAGCAACACCAUGUCUCCCUCAUCUUUUCUCGAAUGAAUCUGCUGGACUCUGGAAUCUUGCUCAUCCAUUUGUAGCUUGCACCGAUGUUGAAAAGCUUAAGAUGCAAUGGCUUGACCGUACAGCCUUUACCUUAGAAACGAUACCAUACUCAGCCCUCGAGGACAAUGAUGACUUACCACCAGAGCAACAAACUAUCAUUGGACCAAAACGCAAAAGACAACAAGUCAAAGAGCCAAAUAUUGGUGUCCGUAAAGGUCUAAAAAACAAAUGGGUAAUGCCUCGACGUCUCACAUCUGCACCAGAUGAUCUUCUUGGUGUUCAUAGAGAUGUGAGAUACGCCGCAGAAUUACUCGGCACUCAGAUGGUAAACUAUGAUAUGAAUAUUCGGAGAAAGAGACAGAGAUUCAAGGAGCAAGGUUUAGCUGCUGAUGAAGAAGAACGGUUGACCAUGGGUAUUGUUGUCAUUCGAGCGUUGCUUGGGGGGCUGGAAAUGAACAUUGAUUGGGUCAUACUUGGUUCCGUCUUUAAGGAUUAUUCCUUAAACUUUUUGAAGAAAUGGUGGCAAGUUGUUUGGGCAAAGAAAAAGCCAAUGGUUGAGAAAUUGACAAAAGACUUUCAGGAAGUUUUUAUCAUGGGUUAUCGGAAGGGUCAAAUUCAAUCAAUUGACUAUGAUCAUGUUGUCGAUUACGAUUUUAACACUUUAAUCGACUGGGCCAUGACCCAGAUCAAUACCCCAACCCCGGAAAAGAAGGUGUUUAAUCUCCCGAACUCAUUUCCAGAACUCAAGAAGAAAUAUGCAUUAGUCCCGGAACCUCAAAGUAAUUACUGGUCGGAACAAUAUUACUAUCCUCUUGCCGCCGUUUAUCAGAGGAUGAAUCUUGUCAACUCUGUGCCCUUUGCAAAUCCUUUACAACAAGAAACUCCAACUUAUGAGAUAAAUGACUAUGCACUAGCAAAAUCCUGGUGCAGGGCAGCGGCCGUCACACCCGAUCAUUUAUGGGAUAGCAAAGCAGCCAAUAAAUUGCUCAAUCGUCUUCCUAGUGCUAUCAUUAUCAAAGCUAGAGAGGAUCUGUUGAAGAACAAGAUUAUUACCAAAAAUAAGCGUCUUCGCACCAAUGGCCGAGUUUACAAUCUUCCAGAUGCUUUCAACGCGGUUUUCGUCCGUACCGGAAAGAUUAUUUACGAAAAACAAUACCGAGAAGCUUAUGAAUUCAAAUGCGAAUUGGAUCAAAGGUUUCGAAAUGGUGAGACCAUUGUGAAUAUCCCAUGGGGUGUAAACGAAGGUGCCGUGUUAGCUAUUACGAAUCUACAAGCUAAUGGAUGUAUCUACGUUCAAAAAAGCAACAUCAGAGCAAACAAAUUUGGUCUUACGGAAGGUGGGUAUGAAACUAGACUUAUUGAUAAAGCGAAAUAUCGUUUCCAAAUGGAUAUUACGGUCACUUCAAGUUAUGUUUAUAAUCACGCAAUUCCCAACCUUGACGCAUUAAUCUCGGACCCUCCACCUCUAGGUUCACGAGGUGCAAUUCCAGUUUGGAGAAGUAUAAAAGGGGAAAUCAUAGAGGGCAUGUGGAGAAAAGUUCUCUUGGGAGUUACGGGUGCUUUCGUAUUACGAAGUAGUAUCGACAUUGAAGGAUUGGAAAGAGUAUUUGCGCCUAGUCUCGACGGAUGGGAAAUUAAACAAUUGAUAGACUGGGGUGUUGAGAAAGGUGUUUGGCAAAAGUGUGAUUAUGAAGGUUUGGGAGCAACGGCUAGAGAGGCAAGUGAUAUGGAAGGUUGGGAGGUGGCUGAUUGGUGGUGGAUGAUUGUGGGGAGAUAUUUGGUUGAGAGUGAUCGGGAAUGGAGCUGAUGAAGUAUUGGUGAGUUUUUAAGGCGUUUUGGGGCAAGCAAAUGGAAGUUAAGGAAUGGAUGUGUAUAAUAUGGAGUUUUUGGCAGGAAUGGGUUACGAAGCAAGUAUAGUAGAUUAUGGCGCAUGGUAUUUCGAAGGCACGCAGUUCGUGCUAAAUAAACUUAGUGAUAGUUCAGGCAAUGAAGGUACUAUUAAGUAGUAAUUUCAUUACUCAUUUUUGAUGGUGACCCUAUUAUCGACUUCAGAGCAUCCAUCUCAAACCCCCAUUUCUCGCUAUUAAGCUAGCAAAUCCCUCGACCAAUAUUUGCCAAUGCCAAGAGCAAGCUCCCAAGACAAAAUCUUCACCCUCACCCUCCAUCCUAAACUAAAACUAAAACUAAAACUAACCCAUCGUCAAAACCAAACUCCCCUUACUACACUCCCUACAAUCACCCUUGCGCUUGCAAUCACCCGCAGACGCGAGCGUGGUGAUUCGCUCAUAGCAUCGGAUUGGAGCUGUGGCUCCACGUAUCAAGGUGGUUGGGGGGAGGAGGGCUAGGGCGGCGG